GGAAAUGCAGCCACGGUAGGAAGGGAGGAAGCCAAGAUGGCUAGUGCAGAGGGAGACCUGGCCCAUAGAAAAGCCGUUGCGUAGGCAGCCUGGCACUGAGGAGUCGUGCAUGGGAGAGAGGCCUGAGUGUGACAGAGGGCAUAGGGACAUGUGAGUUGGGAAAUGAUACCGACCCCUAAUAUUACACAAGAUGGUGGCCUGGGAAAGGACAAAAUCAUUUUUGUAACCAAGGAGGACCAUGAAACUCCAAGUAGUGCAGAGCUGAUUGCAGAUGAUCCAAAUGACCCUUUUGAGGAACAAGGGCUGAUCUUGCCAAAUGGAGACAUCAAUUGGAACUGCCCGUGCCUUGGAGGCAUGGCCAGUGGUCCUUGUGGGGAGCAGUUUAAGUCGGCUUUCUCUUGCUUUCACUACAGUCAGGAGGAGAUAAAGGGCUCGGACUGCCUAGAUCAGUUCCGGGCAAUGCAAGAAUGCAUGCAGAAAUACCCCGAAUUAUAUCCACAGGAGGAUGAUGAGGAUGAACUGGAGAAAGAGAAGCAGAAUAAAGACGAAGAGUCUUCCGUCACACAGUCCUCCGAUACCAAAGAAGAGAGUUCCAGCUAAUAGAGGGCUGGAGGCUAAUGGCCUCCCUUUAUCUCCCACCUUCUGUUGCUCCAUGGACCAUGAUAUGUAAAGAGGUGUCUCAACACCAUAGCAAGAUCUAAUCACUAUGUAAUAAUCUGUCUUUGUGAGGGACCCAUAGCAGCGUCAAGUCCAGCUCUACUCCCAGUCUCAGCCCAGCUAGCAAGAGUUGUAACAACACUGUGAUAAUCUGAAAUCAUGUAUAUUUAUUGAAGCAUCGCAACGAGUUCAAUUCAAUUGUCCUUUUUGUUACAACUUUCUAACUUUAUUUUUUUAUUUCUGUCAAUGUAAAAAGGGAACAACAGAAAAAAAACUAAAAAACUAAAAUAAGAUUAGCAGUAACCCUGUUCUUGUACAAAGUUCCCAGUCUGUGCCUGAUUAUUCUCUUUAGGUUGAAUGAUUGGGGCAAUGCAUGGAAUACCAAUAAUCACUGUGCGCUAUGAUUGGUUACCUGACCCAGCCAGUCAGAAGAAGGCAAGUCUGAGAGAGAGUUCCUCACCUUCCGUUGUGCCUCAGCCCUUGUGGUGUCACCUCAUACUUGCACUGAGCUUGUGAGAUUGCCCUUAUCUGGUGUUAGAGACAAUGUGGCUGAUCAGAGAAUAAUAAAGACCUUUUUACCUUGUGAA